CAAAAUAUGCUAAUUUUUUCCAAUUUCCACCUCGCAGUCAGGAACGCAUCUAUCGGCUCGGCUCUUCUCUUCUCUUCAUCAAAUCCAUAAUCGGCUCCCUUUCCAUCCAUCAUCUUCUUCUUCCAAAUUCAAUCUCCUCCUCCAUUCUCUUCCACCAUGCUCCAUGCUCCAUCUUCUUUCUCUCUACACUAACAUUGUUGCAGCAGCAGCAGAUCCACAUCUCUCUAAUGAAUGACUGAAUCAACAAAGCAUAUCAUCAUCCCUUUUUAUCACCAGAAUGUCUGCUUCGCAAACCCUUGGCGGUCCUUCUCGCUGCGGCCGUUCCUUAGGUCCUUCUCUCGACAAGAUCGUUAAAAACGCCGCCUGGAGGAAGCACUCUCACCUCGUUUCCUCCUGCAAAUCGGUCCUCGACAAGCUCGAAUCACUCACGGAUUCUAAUUCUCACUCUCCUCUCUUCGGGCUCUCCCCUUCGGAUGCCGAAUUCGUUCUCCAUCCAAUUCUUCUCGCCUUAGAUUCCGCUUACGUCAAGGUCGUGGACCCCGCACUCGAAUGCUUGUUCAAAUUGUUUUCCUCAGGCCUGAUUCGAGGUGAGAUCGAUAAUGGUUCAAAAAAUGUGAUCAUUUUUAAGAUAAUCGAGAGUGUUUGUAAGGUUUGUGGAAUUGGUGACGAAGCUGUUGAGCUUUCUGUGCUUAGAGUUUUGCUCUCUGCUGUUCGAUCUCCUUGUGUUUUGAUUCGCGGUGAAUGUUUAGUGCACGUUGUUAGGACUUGUUAUAAUGUUUAUCUUGGUGGAUUGACUGGGACCAAUCAGAUCUGUGCGAAAUCUGUACUUGCACAGGUAAUGCUCAUUGUUUUUACUAGAGUUGAGGAGGAUUCUAUGGAUGUCAAUGUUAAACCGGUUUCUGUUAGUGAAAUGUUACUGUUUACUGAUAAGAAUUUGAAUGAAGGGAGUUCUAUUCAUUUUUGUCAGAAUUUUGUUAAUGAGGUUAUGACGGCAAGUGAAGGGGUUCCAGAUGAUAAGUUGUUGCUGUUGCAUAGUCCGCCUUCUGAUAAACUCCAAAAUGGUAGUGGAGGUGCCGGUGAUGAUAAUGAUAAAGUAGGUGAAGGGGAUCAUAAAAGUGAAUUAAGGGAUAAGGAAGCAAAUGGUGAAGCUGAAACCGAUGGUGGUGUGGGUGGUAGUGGUGGUGUUGAAGCUGAGGGGAGUAAGAUUAGGGAGGAUGGGUUUCUUCUUUUUAGGAAUUUGUGCAAAUUGUCAAUGAAGUUCUCAUCGCAGGAGACCCCAGAUGAUCAAAUUCUUUUGAGAGGGAAGAUUUUGUCUCUUGAGUUGCUUAAGGUGAUCAUUGACAAUGGCGGUCCAAUCUGGCGCACCGAUGAAAGGUUUCUCAACAUUAUCAAGCAAUUCCUAUGCUUGUCAUUGAUAAAGAACAGUACGUUGUCAGUUAUGGCUAUUUUCCAGCUUCAGUGUUCCAUUUUUAUGAUGCUGUUAGUGAAAUUCAGAUCUGGAUUGAAGGAGGAAAUUGGAAUAUUCUUUCCCAUGCUUGUCCUUCGAGUGCUUGAGAAUGUUAACCAGCCUAGCUUCUUGCAGAAAAUGACUGUCCUGAAUCUUUUGGACAAGAUCAGCCAAGAUUCCCAGAUCAUUAUUGAUAUUUUUGUAAACUAUGACUGCGAUGUGGAUGCUCCAAACAUAUAUGAAAGGAUUGUCAAUGGCCUUCUGAAAACUGCUCUAGGACCCCCUCCUGGUUCAACAACAACUUUGUCUUCGGUUCAGGAUAUUACUUUUAGGCAUGAAUCUGUGAAGUGCUUGGUUAGCAUCAUCAGGUCAAUGGGUGCAUGGAUGGAUCAACAGCUGAGAAUUGGAGAUUCCUACUUGCCUAAGAUCUCUCAAAGUUCCACUUCAACUGAGAAUCAUUCAACUCUGAAUGGAGAAGAUGCAAGUGCUCCUGAGUAUGAUUUGCAUCCAGAAGUGAACUCUGAAACAUCUGAUGCUGCUACCCUUGAACAACGUCGGGCAUAUAAAAUUGAACUCCAGAAAGGUAUCUCCAUAUUCAAUAGGAAACCUUCCAAGGGCAUUGAGUUUCUGAUAAAUGCCAAAAAAGUUGGUGGUUCUCCAGAAGAAGUUGCUGCCUUCCUGAAAAACACUACUGGCCUAAAUGAAACAGUGAUUGGUGACUAUUUAGGUGAAAGGGAUGAGUUUUGUUUGAGAGUUAUGCAUGCUUAUGUAGACUCAUUUAACUUCAAGGUGAUGGGUUUUGGUGAAGCGAUAAGGUUUUUCUUACGGGGCUUCAGGUUACCCGGAGAAGCACAGAAGAUUGAUCGUAUCAUGGAAAAGUUUGCUGAGCGCUAUUGUAAAUGCAAUCCAAAUUCAUUUACCAGUGCAGAUACUGCUUACGUUCUUGCAUACUCUGUGAUAAUGCUCAAUACAGAUGCUCAUAACAGCAUGGUGAAAGAUAAGAUGAGCAAGGCUGAUUUUAUUCGGAACAACCGAGGAAUAGAUGAUGGCAAGGAUUUGCCUGAAGAGUAUCUGGGUGCUCUUUAUGAUCACAUUGUGAAAAAUGAAAUUAAGAUGAGUGCAAAUUCUUCUGUUCCUCAAAGCAAGCAGGGUAACAGCUUAAAUAAGCUAUUAGGUUUGGAUGGUAUACUCAAUCUAGUUACUGGGAAGCAGACUGAGGAAAAGGCUUUGGGUGCAAAUGGGCUUCUUAUCAGGCAUAUCCAAGAGCAGUUCAAGGCGAAGUCAGGAAAAUCAGAGUCUAUUUAUCAUGUUGUAACAGAUGCAGCGAUUCUGAGGUUUAUGGUUGAGGUCUGCUGGGGUCCUAUGCUGGCUGCUUUUAGUGUGACUCUUGAUCAGAGUGAUGAUAGGCUUGCUGCCUCUCAGUGCUUACAGGGGUUUCGAUAUGCUGUGCAUGUUACUGCAGUCAUGGGUAUGCAGACCCAGAGAGAUGCUUUUGUUACAUCCGUGGCCAAGUUUACAUAUCUGCACUGUGCUGCAGAUAUGAAGCAAAGAAAUGUAGAUGCUGUGAAGGCAAUAAUAUCAAUUGCCAUUGAAGAUGGAAAUAAUCUUCAGGAUGCUUGGGAGCAUAUCUUAACUUGCCUCUCCCGUAUUGAGCAUCUGCAACUGCUUGGAGAAGGUGCACCGCCUGAUGCCUCUUAUUUGACACCAUCUAAUGGGGAAACAGAAGAAAAGGCACUGAAGUCAAUGGGUUAUCCUUCUCUAAAGAAAAAGGGAACACUCCAGAAUCCAGCUGUAAUGGCUAUUGUUAGAGGGGGUUCAUAUGAUAGCACCACUGUUGGAGUCAAUUCUCCAGGACUAGUAACUCCAGAGCAGAUCAAUAACUUCAUUUCAAAUUUGAAUUUGCUUGACCAGAUUGGGAAUUUUGAAUUGAACCAUGUGUUUGCUAAUAGCCAAAGGUUGAACAGUGAAGCAAUAGUAGCUUUUGUGAAAGCUCUUUGUAAAGUUUCAAUAUCUGAGUUGCAGUCUCCAACAGAUCCUCGUGUAUUUAGCCUUACGAAAAUCGUAGAAAUUGCGCAUUAUAAUAUGAACCGCAUCAGAUUAGUUUGGUCCCGCAUAUGGAAUGUUCUCUCUGAAUUUUUUGUAUCAGUUGGCUUGUCAGAAAAUCUUUCUGUUGCUAUUUUUGUGAUGGAUUCUCUGAGACAACUUGCUAUGAAAUUCUUAGAGCGCGAGGAGUUGGCAAAUUACAACUUCCAGAAUGAAUUUUUGAGGCCAUUUGUGAUUGUGAUGCAGAAAAGCAGCUCUACAGAGAUCAGGGAAUUAAUAGUUAGGUGUAUUUCACAGAUGGUCCUUAGUCGUGUCAGUAAUGUGAAAUCUGGUUGGAAAAGUGUUUUUAUGGUUUUUACUGUUGCUGCAGCUGAUGAGCGGAAGAAUGUUGUCUUGUUGGCAUUUGAGACCAUGGAAAAAAUUGUCCGAGAGUACUUUCCUUAUAUAACAGAGACGGAGACAACAACUUUCACUGACUGUGUUAGAUGCCUCACCACCUUCACAAAUAGCAGAUUUAAUAGUGAUGUGAGCCUCAAUGCAAUUGCAUUUCUCCGAUUCUGUGCUCUGAAACUGGCAGAUGGAGGACUUAUUUGCAACGUAAAGAGCAGUGUUGAUGAUCCAUCCAUCCCAAUAGUAGAUGAAGUUGCUUCGGAUGUAAACCCCAGUGACAAAGAUGUUCAUGUGUCCUUUUGGAUUCCUUUGCUAACAGGGUUAUCGAAACUUACAUCUGAUCCCAGAUCAGCUAUUCGAAAGAGUGCUUUAGAAGUGCUAUUUAACAUUCUCAAUGACCAUGGUCAUCUAUUCUCACACUCAUUUUGGACCACUGUUUUCAACUCUGCCAUUUUCCCCAUCUUCAAUAGCUUCAGUGACAUGAAAGAUGUUAAAGAUCAGGAUUCACCAACUUCAGCACCACCUCAUUCAGUAGGAAGUGCAUGGGAUUCUGAAACUUCUACAAUCGCAGUCCAGUGUCUAGUAUACCUAUUUGUCAACUUUUUCAACGUUGUUAGGUCUCAACUACAGAGUGUAGUAUCUAUAUUGAUGGGAUUUAUUAGGAGUCCUGUUAAGGGUCCUGCUAGCGCUGGGGUUGCUGCAUUGUUGCGUUUAAUAGGUGAACUGGGCAGCAGGAUUUCAGAAGAUGAAUAUAGAGAGAUUUUUCUAUCUUUGAAGGAGGCCGCUGCAUCAUUGUUACCAGGUUUUAUGAAGGUCUUAAGAAUCAUGGAUGGGAUUGAGAUGCCUGAAAGCUCUCACCCUUUUGCGGAUGCGGAUGUGUCUUCUGAUCAUGGCUUCACAAAUGAUGAUCUUGAGGAUGACAAUCUCCAAACUGCAGCAUAUGUGGUUUCAAGAGUGAAGAGUCAUAUUGCUGUGCAGCUACUUAUUGUGCAGGUUGUAAGUGAUUUAUACAAAGCAAACCAGCAUCUCUUGUCAGCGGCCAAUGUCAGAAUUCUUAUUGAUAUAUUUUCCUCAAUAGCAUCCCAUGCCCACCAGCUGAAUUCUGAGACGGACCUGCUGAAGAAACUGCUGAAAGCGUGCUAUAUAGCAGAGAUAUCUGAUCCUCCAAUGGUACAUUUUGAAAAUGAGUCCUACGAGAAAUACCUUGACUUCCUCCGAGAUUUGCUAGAUGAUAACCCAUCCAUGUCUGAGGCAUUGAACGUCGAGGCACAACUUGCAGCAGUGUGCGAAAAGAUAUUGCUGAUUUAUCUGAACUGUACUGGAUUGCAGACCGUGCAGCAAGAUCCCGCUAACAAGCCAGUGAUACACUGGAUUCUUCCUUCAGGUUCGGCCAAAAAGGAAGAAUUAGCAGCAAGGACUUCUUUGCUCUUGUCAGCUUUGCGGGUAUUGAGUGGUUUAGAAAGCGAUUCAUUUAGGGGCUAUGCCAGACAAUUCUUUCCUUUGUUGGUUGACCUUGUGCGGUGUGAGCACAGCUCAGGUGAAGUUCAGCGUAUUCUGAGCGACAUUUUCCGAUCAUGUAUAGGCCCCAUUAUAAUGGGAUGACAUAUCAUAGUAUUUUUUACAGAGUCAACACAUGUAUGUUAUCACAGUUUUGAUCUCUCUUGCUCGAUAGAAUACAAAGCCAUGAUGAUGCUCUUCUUUUUUUGUUUGAUCAUUUCUUUCUUUUCCACCCCCUGUAAAAGCACGCCGUUGCCAGAUGUAAUAGUUUAAGGAUUGAAUUAGAAUUUCUUAGCGCUCUGCUGUUUAAAGUCCA